CGCCCACUAAUUCUCCAACUAAAGCAUCUUGGACCUUAUGACAACUCAUAUAAAGUUAUUCAAAUCGACAAAAACAAGGAUAACAAAAAUGUAGAACAGGGAGAAAGGAAGAAGAAAUUUCAUCAAUGGAUGAGGAAACGGUGGGUCCCAUCAGAGAAAAGA